AUGUCUCCUUUAGAGAUCAAAUCGCCUGCUGAUAAUCCAUCCCAUAUCGUUCAUUUCGCAUACAAAUGCCACAUUCUUCAGCAUUUUCCAGAACACUCUCGCAGUUUUCCGUUCUCUGAUGACUCCACUGCGUUGGUAAGUCUGCUUAGUUGUGUGUUCUCUCCUAUGUUCGCAUUACUAGCGUAUUUUCUGGAUAUCUCGGUUGUCAUGCCCAACGGCUUGCGCUUCUUCACAGAGACACAUCCUUUGCUUCGGAAGGCACGCGGACCUUUUCGCCACGCCUUUAUUAUUACCCGAGAGGACGGUCAACGAGUAUUCGGUUAUGCGCUCCUCUUUCCUGAAGAGGUCACACACCCGGCAGUUAAGGCCGCCUUGCGGGAAAAACAAAAGGCUUUGGGCUUUUCCCCGGACUUGCAGUGCCGCUUCUUUACCAUGAAGGCAGUGGGAAUCCUCUCACGUUGGGCAUUUGCUAGUGGAUUUUUUGGUUGGUUGGAGGAUCUCUGGUCUAGCGUGUACAGAGAGCAGAUGGGCGAACUGACCACCGAGUCCUUUGUCUACAACCUCCUCUUUGAAGCUCAACUAGCUGAGCCUGCUCAGUGCAGUGUUGUCGCUGGGCCCACUUGUUCGCACUACUUUUUCCGACCAUCCAAUCACCAUGGAGAAGAUGGGGCUCAUUUUGCCGCAUCCAGCUGGUUGCCCGUCUUUGAAUACCCUCUUGUGCAGCUAUUUCAGCUCUUCUCCUCUAGCAACUUGAUCCGACUCUUAACAUGCGCCUUCCUCGAACAUCGCAUCGUCCUUCUAUCUGCUGAUUACUAUCGUCUUAUGGUGGUCGGUGAGGGUCUGAUUUGCCUCUUACAACCUUUUGUCUGGCCGCACGUCUAUGCUCCUGUGCUUCCGGCCACACUAACUCACUUUCUCGAUGCUCCUGUACCGUAUAUUAUGGGGAUGCGUUUUCAGCACCCGCCCACGCCCCCACAAACGCCGGCAUCGCAACUUGUUUCUGCGACAAGCACUCCUCGUGGUUCAUUACUUUCACUUCCAUCCUUCGCUAACUUUGGAUUGGCCAGUGAAGCUAACGUCUGCUACUUGGAUAUCGAUCAGGGCACAGUCCACUCCACGGAUGUGGACUUGCCGACGUUUCCUAACUCUACAGAAUUGCAACAAAACAUUGAGGCAGUGCUCUCCGUCUACCAACAUUACCAACCCAGUAAUCAAAGUUUGGAUCGUCCUCUGCACUCCAACUCUGUCGUUGCCUUUACACCCUUGUCGCGAAGCCAUUCGGUCUCGCGACACACAAGCUUUGACACGCUUCCACGACCUCCACCCAGACUCACUCCGGUGGCCUUGUCGACCUCUACGGUAAUCAGACGACCUCAAUUGGACCCAAGUCCAUCGACUAUGCGACGAUCCGCGUCUUACCGCUUGAUGGAACAGAUUGCAGUGACAAAUACUGUCGGGUCAGAAGGACGUCUACAAAAUUCCCUCAUAGAUACUGCUUUUGUCUCUCCCACGACAAAUAGUUCGGAGCCCCCAAAAAAUGGGUCGUACCCUACUGAAGAGUAUUUCUCGUGUAUGCGAGCAAUUGCCAGUGAACUAGUCUCUCGAAGGGAGCUGGCAGACUACGCCGAGCUGCUCAAGUUCAACUACGCUCUGCGUGACAUCUUUUUAAAUCACCUUGCAGAAAUAUUUGUUGACUUUGAGACUUUUGUGGUGGUUGGACACAACAACAGUGGUGAUGCAUCGGGGGAUGCUAGUGGACCUGGCAGUUCGGAUCUCCAAGCCUUCGAUAAAGUUGGCUUCCUCUCUGACUGUCCUGAAACUCACAUGGCCUUUCUCAGGCAACUUUUCACCAACUAUAUUUGUACUCAAAUGUUCGCCACUUUCUUGGACACGCAUGUCGCGACGCUCGCAGUAAAUCAGUCUCAGCGUUGUAGCAAAUGCGGGCUUUUGCGUGGUGGAGUUUCAUCGAAUGUGUCAAGUUGUCAACCCCUUGCCCUUCCAGUUUCCGCAUUUCUGACCCGAAUUCGAGCUCUCAAGUCUGAAGCCGCGGUACAUCACCAAACACCCGCAACAGACCGUCUUUUGCGCAAGUCACUGUAUCAUUCAGCAACGCACACUCCAACCGCCGAUCGUAGCAGGAGGCGAGAUCGAUUCUUUGGAAACCUCCCUAAGUCUCCUCUGGAGGGUGUUCAGUUUUGCAGCGUGCCGUCGCCUCAUCCCCUCUUCUCGAAAAUGAAUCCCUCCUUUUCCACUCUCCAACGUUCACACCAGGUGGGUCACUUUCGCCUGCUGGAGCGCAGCUUUCUCAGCAAAGCGCCAGCCAAUCGGCGGUGUGGAAGCGAAUCACCACCACCACCUUCCGCAGUUGCCAUUGUACCCUCGCCAUUGCUGACCGAGGAGACAGCCACUAGGACAGAUGAGGAAGCGGUAGGGCUAUCAUCGUCAGCUAUCCUUCAGCUCGGUGGCAGUGAUGGUGGUAGGGGAGAUGAGGCUCCGAGGACGGUACUCUGCGAGCACUGUUCCACACCACAGGCUCUGCCUCCAUCCACGCUAGAGCAGGCUUUGACCACUGGGCCUCACUUCACCGCAUCCCGCACCAUCCAGCUGAGAGGCAGAGACGGACUUACGCGUCUGCUAACGGGACCAGGACCCAAUGGGCUAGAGACGGGCUCCUUGUCGCCUUCAAUGGCUCAGGCCCACUGGGACUUUGUUGACUCUCUAUUGGAGGAAUGCAAGCAUCGGACAAAACGCAUGGUAAUCCAGAAGAUGGGUCACGAGGCACUGCAUUUGGGACACAACUACCAAUCGGUGUCGGAGGUGGAGGAGAACACUCUGGUCUCGGGACUCUGCGACCUUCUCGAGCGUAUCUGGUCCCAUGGCAUCCAGCGCAAACAUGGUGCCUCCGCGCUGUGGAUGCACAUUCUGGCCUAUGUGGAACGGAAUACGUGUUCCUCACUCUCAUCUCUUGCGGUGUCCGCGCACACUCCCACCCAUUCACACGCCCUAAUUGACCGUUUGUCUCGAUCCCCAUCGACUGCUCGAGAUGCAAGGAAAUUUGACAGUCUACCACGGCGCCUGUCCGUGACCACCCCCGAGACCGCAGCACUGUCACCGCCCACGUCUACGGGUCGUGGACGUCGUUCGCUGUGGAUACCGACCCGUAGUCGUUCUAUCACACCUGCCGUGCCCUCCUCUGACUCGCCACGACCCUCACGCCUGCCUGAUAAUGCACUAGUCAUCUCGGUAUCGUCCCUCCUCGAUGCUGGGGGCUCUUCUGUUACAGCCUUGUUGGACGACGUGGAGGCGGUUAAAAGUGUCGCCUCUUCUGCAGGCUACAAACUUCGUACCAACAUUGGCCUUGCUAGAGCUUUUGUUCGACUGGCAUUAGAAAAGAAACGACUCUCCGCCUACCUUAAACUGCUUCUCUCCGAUUCUGUGCUUUUAAGAGAACUCUACUCACGUCACGCCUUUCUUCGUUGUGAGGAGGAGAGGGAGCAGUUUUUGGUUCACCUACUCUCCCUCGAUGCAGUUGACUACUUCUCGUUUACACGAAUGUUGCAGAAGGCUGAGAUGCUCUACCGAGUGGCUAUUGUGAGUGGGGGAGGUGGUCGUGCUCGUCUCCCCUUGGCCUUUUCAGCCAAUGCUUGGGUGUGUCUACGUGGGCACCUUGGCAGUUCAGGUCAUGUACCGCUCCCUCGUGCCUCGCCGUCUUAUGUGGAGUUUCGGCAUCAGAACUUGGGCAUAAUCAACACUCUUUUAAUUGGUCAUGACAACGCCGGUUUCUCACCCAACAUGUUCGUGGAGACGGUGCUUGUUGUCACGCCCUUGACCAACCACGCCUACUUGUUUCCAUGUGGGCAUUGGCUAGGCCGUGGGGUAGAAGACAACAGUUGUGAACGCCUCCUAAUCGGUCAGAUAGCUCGAGUCAGCAAGGACGGAACCAUUGUGGUGCCUCGAUCGGCGGAGCGUGCUUCUGCGGAAAGUGAAGAAGUCGCCUCCAGCUUGGCCACUCCAUUGAUGCGACUGUAUUCCGAUACGAUUCUUGAUCCUGUCACUAGCGCGGUGCUGGAUAGACUGGCAAAUGCUGUUAAUCGUCUAGCAAAGCAUUUUGCGUGCACCAGUCGUGUGGAGGCCACAAUGUCCCUAUCAGCGUUGCUCUGUGGUAAGGAGUGCGGUUUAGCACCCGCAUUGGAGGCCGUUUUCACUCAUGGUAUUCGCUCUUCUGGUGUAUUUCAACGACGUCGACUCUACGCCUGGGACUUUUUCGAACGUUUUGUUGAGCAUCAGAAUAGAGGCACAAGCGGUGAUCAAGCACCAACCAGACCAGCAGAAGUGGAGAGAAUGGACACCGCUCCUAUGCACAUCGGUGGCUUUGAUGUGAGCUUUGUCACCUCACCACGAUUCGUUCGGACUCUUCCACGCAACGGUGGCGGAAGCGGAGGUCCUCGCAAUCUCGACAGCAAUCCUCGACGUGCACCUCUUCCCAGCACGACUACUCCUCGACUCCUGAUUAAGGGUGCUGCUGCUUUGCCCCCAGUUCCUGCACCUGCAGCAACCACUCUCACCGGUGGGUGGCAAUCACAGCCCUGCUCACCUGGUAUGCCACUUCACCGACGCCAGCGCUCCAGAAGCGCUCGUUCUAUCUUCGCGCUAGACAACUUCAUUUCCACCUUUCGUCACGUCAACCUCGGUGGUUCUCAUAUAGGCAAAUUGGGAAAGUUUCAGCGAAUGGUGUGUAUUGGGUGCCAGGAUCAUACGAUAUCCUCAUGGAUUGCUGUACUCGCGACAACAUCACCGGGUUUGGUGCGUCAACUCUACGACACCCGAAUACCCAACUUCUUGUUGGAUCCGGACCUUCGAGACAGCGUUCAGACAUUGCUCUCCACACUGAAUGAUUUCAAUUUUAAGUUGGAUCCCGCCCUCCUUGGAGCCUGUCCAGACUCAGACAUGUCAUUCGGGACCGUGGAAUAG